AUGCACCUGCCUGAGAUUACAAGUCUGCACCAUCCAAUGCUAGUGGAAGGGACUGAGGACUCGCGUGGCUGUGGAGGGAAGCGGCAGGCCAAGGUGCUCCGAAAUAGCAACAAGCACUGUGAUGAAUCAAACCCCAUCAAAGCAGAAAUCCAGAGGCUACAGAGAACUCAAGCUCCUAGCAGAUCUGUCAAGGCUCAGGCUUUGUUGCAGAAUAGGGGGCAGAAAGAUUAUAAGAGCCACAGGAAAACAACAGCGACAGUUUGCGGGGGAUGGAGCGGUGGGGGGGGGGCUGGCUCCCCUCCAUGCGCUCUCCCCCGCUCGGCCGCCAUGGAGCGGGAGUGCCGGGACCUGGAUGCUCAGAGUCGCUGGCAGUCGCUGUACCUGCAAGUUCGAAGCGAGUCUCAUGACUACCCUCACCGAGUGGCCAAGUUUCCAGAAAACAGGAACCGAAACAGAUACAGAGACGUCAGCCCAUACGAUCACAGUCGGGUUAAACUGCAGGAUACGGAAAACGACUACAUCAACGCCAGCCUAGUGGCCGUGGCCGAGGCGCGGAGGAGUUACGUCCUGACGCAGGGUCCGCUUCCUAACACCUGCUGCCACUUCUGGCUCAUGGUGUGGCAGCAAAAGACCAAAGCAGUUGUCAUGUUAAACCGAACUGUGGAGAAACAAUCGGUUAGAUGUGCACAGUACUGGCCAACAGACGACCGAGAGAUGCUGUUUAAAGAAACAGGAUUCAAAGUGAAACUCUUAUCUGAAGAUGUGAAACCCUAUUACACAGUGCAUCUGCUACAAUUAGAAAACAUCAGCAGUGGGGAGAGCAGAACAAUAUCGCACUUUCAUUAUACGACCUGGCCAGAUUUUGGAGUCCCUGAAUCACCAGCUUCGUUUCUCACUUUCUUGUUUAAAGUGAGAGAAUCUGGCUCCUUGAGCCCUGACCACGGUCCUGCGGUGAUCCACUGCAGUGCCGGCAUCGGGCGCUCUGGCGCCUUCUCUCUGGUAGACACCAGUCUCGUGCUGAUGGAACAAGGAGAUGCUAUUAACAUUAAACAAGUGUUACUGAGCAUGAGAAAAUUCCGAAUGGGACUUAUUCAGACACCAGAUCAACUCAGAUUCUCUUACAUGGCCAUCAUGGAAGGAGCUAAGUACAUAAAGGGAGAUGCACCUAUCCAGAUACGGAGCAGAGAACUUUCUAAGGAAGAUGCACCACCUGCUUCUGAAAAGUACAAUGGGAACAGAACAGGUCCAGAAGAAGAAAAGCUGACGGGUGAUGGGUGCACAGGGCUUUCCUCUAACAUACAGGACACUGUGAAGGGGAGGAGGGAGAGUGUUCUACGGAAGCGGGUUCGAGAGGACAGAAAGGCUUCUAGGGCUCAGAAGGUGCAGCAGAUGAAACAGAGGCUUAAUGAAACUGAGCGAAAAAGGAAACGGUGGUUAUAUUGGCAACCUAUUCUCACUAAGAUGGGGUUUGUGUCAGUCAUUGUGAUUGGCGCUUUGGUUGGCUGGAGACUGUUUUUUCAGCAAACUGCCAUGUAA